AAAACAAACCCUAGUCGUCGGCAGCAGCAGCAGCUAAAUAGAGAUAAGAAUGGAGCCGGCCGGGGUCCGGAGAGGGCAGAAGCGUCAUUUCGGAAGAGCACACGGCAAUCGCAUGACCGGACAAUUCCAAACCCACGCUCCUCGUCAUCGGCCCAUUCACCCCGUGCGUCUUCUCCCUCUAAUUUUCCGCCUAAGCCCAAACCAUUUUUUUUUUCAGACAAAAACUCCCUAAUUCUACUCGCCAAAAAAUUCAAAUCCAAUAAAAACCUAACCCACAGACGUUACGUGACGCAGUUACCAAUGACAUUUCGGCCGAAUUCGCGUGACCGUCGUUCUCACGCGCUCCCCCCGCCGAUGCCGAUACCCCCUCACCAGUCAGCCCUAUCCCUCCCCUUUUUACCCCAAACCAAUUCCAUCUCAUCAUCAUCCUCUCUCCCCUUCCCCUCCCGCCGCCUCUCCUUUUUCCACAAUCUCCUUUUCCGAUUCCUUCCUCUCUCAGAUCUCGUCGCUCAAUUGGAUUUGCUUGCCUCGUCUACCCAUGGGCGAUUUGACCGAAUCUUCCACUCCUCAGCCGCCGCGCCAGGGCCCCUUCCGCGAGGACUGCUGGACGGAGGAGGCCACUUCCACCCUCGUUGAUAACUGGGGGCAGCGUUACCUCGAGCUCAACCGCGGCAACCUCCGCCAGAAGGAUUGGCAGGAGGUUGCCGAUGCGGUCAACGCGCUCCACGGCCACACGAAGAAGACGCACCGCACCGAUGUGCAGUGUAAGAACCGGAUCGAUACUCUGAAGAAGAAGUACAAGACCGAGAGGACGAGGAUCGCUGAAUCUAACGGAGCCCUAACGUCGUCCUGGCCGUUUUUCUUUACUCUGGAGCACUUGAUCGGAUCUAAUUUCAACAAGCACCAGCAGAGUAAGGUGAUUACCUCCGCUGUGCCGAUUUCGUCGGCUCAAUCUACGCCUCCGUUGUCUCUGCCUGCUCCGCCGCUGGCUGUGCCGUUAUCCUAUCGCAAACCGAUGGCUCCUGCAAUGGUGACGCCGAUUAGUCUGCCACAAAAGCGUCCGAUGCUGUCUCCGGCCAUGGACAAAUCGUUCUUCAGGAAAAAUUACUCAGCAAUGGCUGCUGCAGCGGCUGCAGCUGACGAUGAAGCUGAUGAUGAUGACGAGUUGGAGGGUGAUGAGGUGGAGGGCAGCGAGGAUGGGGCUGACGAGGAGGAAGAGGUUGGGCAAGAAGGGAUGAGGAGACUGGCCAAAGCUAUAGAGAAGUUUGGGGAAAUUUUUGAGAAGGUAGAGGGUAUGAAGCAGAGGCAGAUGGUGGAGUUGGAAAAGCAAAGGAUGCAGUUUGCUAAAGAUUUGGAGGUUCAAAGGAUGCAGUUGUUUAUGGAUACACAGGUCCAGUUAGAGAAGGUCAAGCGGGCAAAACGACCUGGAUCUUCUGAUGAUAUGUAUAGCUAGGGCGGAGCAGCUGAGCGCUGAACAAUGUGGUAUUUCUUCUUGUUGAUGGCUGAAGAAGAUUCUUUGGUCGGGAAAGAAUUUGACUAGCUAAUUUUUAAGUAGAAGAGAGAUUCAUGUCAAUGAUAGGGUUCCUUUUGAUCAAUCUACUAUGGUCUGCCCCAUAUGUUUGGCCUGUUUAGGAUCAUUAAUUUUUAUUCUUCUGAGUGGAUAUAGCAGUUUUUAGUGUUUGAAUAUGUUUCCAUAUAAUCAUUCGCAUCUAUUGGUGUACCUUCUAUGAUGACUUGUUAGAGUAGUAUGCUUUCAAUAUAUGAUGUUUCUGGUA